CAUUAGUUAAUAUUGAACAUACCACAAGACGAAUUUCAAAAAUAUCUAUUCCUUAUAUUCUUCACAAAAAUUUAGUAAAUACUGACAUAUUUUCAUAGUUAUCGUAUCCCCCCCUUACUUGAAGGUGUUAUCUAGGAGUCAUCUCUGUCCAGUCUGUGACUCGCUCCCAUAAUUAGAUUUGAAAUACGACAUAGAAGCAGUGAUAAAACUGCGAUCGCGGAAUAUAUUCACCACAGUCGGCUAUUUUUCUUUUACACGACGAAAGAAGUCACUUACAAUUCAAGACUAUUUAAAACGAAAUUGCAAAUAUUAAUCAAAAUGAAGAUAAAUCCUUUGAACGUUAUUAGAAUGCUUCUCGCAACUUUUGAAGUUAUGCGUUUACCGGAUUCGCCAGUAAAUAACGAUGAAAUACAGUUGAAAGCAAACUUUGAAAAUAUUUUGUUGAGUGCAGUGAACGAAUACAGUGGUUUCGAAAUGGUAGAAGAAAAUUCUUUGCAUUUUGAAGAACCGUUUAAGGAUUGGGAAAUGGAAAUUGUUGAAGAUAAAGAAUGGGCAAACGCCCUGUAUGAAUCAGAACUAUCGCCUGAUACAUGCACUCGUGAUAACGAAGACUUAUCUUACGAAUACAAAUUAAGAGCCGUUGAGUAUUGGCGCAGCGGGAAGAAAGGAAAUUUGGGUUUGGGCAGUGUUAAACAAAAGUGCAAAAAAGUGCAAUCUAUACGACAGUUGCACCGGUGGGCCCACAAUUUGACCAAGGGGGAGACAUACAAAAAAAAAUUAGCACGAAUUUGUGGUUACACUUUCGAAAGAUUCAAAGCUGCUGUGGAUGCUGGUUUAAUAGUGCACGAUUCUGAUUUGAAAAAAUGGGCUUUUCAUGCUCAAAAAGAAAUACGGCAUACUGAUUUUCGUUUCAAAGCAUCUCAUACGUGGAUAAACUCAUUCAAAGCAGCUCAUCGUAUCGUAUCGAGAAAAAUUCAUAAAUUCAUUACAUCCAAAACAAUUGAAGAUGGAAAAGUCUUGGAACAACAAAUUCAAAAAUUUGUCUAUGACGUAAAGCUAAAUAUUAGAACGUACGGAUUGUCAAAUACAUUUAACGCUCAGAGUGGCUGCCAACUAGAAAUGCAUUCCGGAAGAACUUUAGCAGUCAAAGGAGAAAAGCAAGUACAAUGUCUUGUACAAUCAGUCUAUUCUACGAGCCACAGUUACACUAUUCAGCCGACUAUAUCAGCUGACGGCAAGCUGCUAUCUCCACGGUUUUUGGUUUUAAAAGAACCAACUGGCAAGAUUGGUCCAAUAGUGGAGAAAACGCUUUUCAGACCAGAUAAUGUGUACAUAGAAGUGUCCAAGUCUGGGAAGCUUACUUCAGAUUAUUUUAAAAUUUGGUUGCAGCAUGUAAUUUUCCCGAAAGUUGGUUCAAAAUCUUUAUUACUGAUUGAUUCUUGGACUGGACACUGUCCCCAUGUUGUACGUGAUGUGAAACCUUCAAAUAGAGACGUCAAAGUAAUGAUUAUACCUAAAGGAAUUACCGGAAAAAUCCAGCCCCUCGAUGUUUUUGGAUUCCGAGUAUGGAAAAAUUUUGUGAGACAUUUUUCUGAUAAUUGUCUUUUGAUGAAUUAUGAUAUUGAUUCGCAUUUGAGAAACAAUAUCAUAAAGCUUCAGUCACUUGUUCAUAACCAACUGUCCUCACCACGUUAUAUCGAUCUUUUCAAAUAAUCUUGGUACAAAAGUGGUUACAUAGAAUAAAAACCAGCGAAUUUUGAAAAUUCUGUACACUUUGCAUUUGGAGAUUCCUGCAACUCACACUGUGAAGUUCCAGGAUGUGAAAAUUUUGCUAUUGUUCGCUGUUCCUGGUGUAAAAAGUCGUUAUGUUUUAAACACUUUUUCAAUGACUAUCAUUACUGCAGUACUUACAACGGCUAAUAGAGCGUACGAUUAUAUAUUCGCUUCUAUUUAUUGCUAUAGUGAUUAUUUUGUUAAACUGUUGACAUAUUAUCAAUAAAAGAUACAAGUAUAUUGUACGCUCUCUUUUUUUUACUUGACUACGCAGUUUUUCUGUGCGUCAUCCCAAAACUUGGUCUUAUCUACCGAACCGAAUAUGUGUAAGCGCUUAUCGUAUGCUUAUGUUAUCCCAUUGCCAAAUAUAAAUCAGUCAGAAUUAUCGAUAAGUCAGAUAUAAGUACUUUUUCAACGAAAGAUCCGUCUGUAAAUAAGUUGGCUCCUAGAUAAAACCGUUCAUUAAAUGCUACAUACGUGAUACGGUGUGGUAAAUUAAAAAAAAAACAUAUGACUAGGAGAAGGAAUAAAAAAAAAGAAUUACUGCCGUUUUAUUGGGAUUAAAUGUAAACAUACAUAGGGGUAGUUCACCCCCUUAACUUGAUUUGCGAGAAAAACGCAAAAACCCAGAUGUAUUAUUUUUUUCGCUCUUCAAAGUGCAAUUGAAUCCAUCGAGAUAGGUGCAAUAGUUUUUUUUGUUAUAACGAUUUUAUGAAUUUCAAACCCUAUAACUUUUUUCCUAUGCAACCCCCCGAUAUGAAACCAGUUGCAUUUUUCAUCGUUUAUCAUUAAGAUAAUUAUCCAGUUGGGUGCAUUCGAUUAUCUCUAGUGAAAAUAGGUGAAACCUGAAAAGUACCCCUCGGAGGUCUCAACUUCAAAGGAUAAUUUCACCCCCUAGAAACGUUUUUCCGCCGAUAAAAAAAAACACGUGUCUCUUAGAUUUUGAUGUAGAAUAACAUAUAUAAAUUUCAUCAAAUUCGAAGGAUGUCAGCGGAAAGACUUUCCUUGUUAGAUGUCCGUUUGAUGUUCAUUAAUUGUGUUCAGUCAGAAAACAAUGGCAUGAUCCAUAAGUUUUUAGCUAAUGUUCGAAUCUAUCACUCCUUAAUAAGCAAUAUCAACGUACCUAAAUAGAAUACGGACAGUCAAAAUUUGGAGCAGAAUUCGUCAACAUUAUAUUAUUAGAAAAUUCUGAUGACUUUUUGAUUCUAAUAUCUGCGUUACUAUGAUGUUCGUUUAAUAUGUUCUAUACAUGGAGAUUGCAUAUGAGUUUGAUUUGAAA